AUGGGUCGGUGGACAGUUGAGGAGUGGAAGGCUCAUAUGGAGCUUGACCCCCCCACUCCAAGCGGGAUGAAAAUGCACGAGAUAGCAUGCAAUGUCGAUAACUGGGGGCUUCACGACCACGACCAAUCCCGAGACUCGAAACACAAGCCAUUAUCUUGCGAGCCACGCGCCAACGAUGAUGCCCUACCUCCUGUCUCCUGUCCACCAACGUGGAAAUCGCCAACUCCACUUCGAGAAAGCGUCCUUCAUCGAAUAUUUGGCGUUAUGUGCGGACGAAGCUCGCCAGUCCCCAUUACCCUGGACACGGCUGAUACAUAUCGUCUCCCCGCCUCUCCAUUACCUCGUUCUCCGGGUAAUUGUCACCGGCAAUUUACUGCUGGGCACGGAACGCCUUCCAAGUCGAGGGCAAAACACAGGACUUGCAAAUUGAAAUCGAAAUCCGCGAAACAAGUCGCUGCAACCGCGAGGGUGGAGAGUCACUACACGUACGGCGCGACGAGCGGGGCGCUGGAGAUACUCGUGUCGACCCAUACAACCGAAGUUCAGAGUGCACAUGAUGUUGGUCGCCCAAGAGUGUUCUACCCGCGUUCAUCGUCUUUGCAAGCUUUGGCAGGGCCUGGAGCCGUUGCAUCUCCGCCAAGUCGCGACAAGCCACAAAGCCCCGAGUCUCAAACAUUGGUCGAGGCCAGCACUGCCAAACGCAGUCCUCGCCGAGCCAUUCGCCCUCUACCUGUCCUUCCGACCCUCUGA